CAGACAAUUAGACUCCAGCCAUGGCCUCCCUUAAAGCUCCUGCCCCUCUGCUCCUGAGUUUCCUCCUCUGUCUGUCACCUGUUCUUUCCUGUCGGGUUGGAAACUACGGCGAGUGCGAGUCUGCUCCCUUUGUACCAGGCCACAAUUUGGUGGGAGAGGGCUUUGAUGUGGUCACACUGCAACGAAAAGGAGCUUACGUGGUUGAUGUGAAGACAUACCUGUCCCCACAGAGAACAUGUAUCCUCUGCUCCAACCCCCUACAAGGAAAGAAGAUGCAGAAAUUGCCGGCAUCUGUGGUGGAUUGGCGUGCAUUCAGCCAGUGCAGAGCUGAUCUCUACAGCAGCUCACACUCCACUGUCAGGUCGCUAAUGAACACAUACACUGCAGAGAGCAGUGAGGACUGGAAGGUUGGCUUUGAUUUAGGCAAGUCUAUAUCUGUCGGCCUGGACGUGGGAGGAACACUCUCCACUGUUUACAAGUUUGCUUCACAAAAGACCAGAGAGGAUCGUUAUGCCUUCAGCACACACAGAGUAACCUGCAGACAUUACAGUUACCGUGUAUCAAGCAGACCACCCCUCAGCUCAGAAUUCACAAGAGAUUUGGCGAGGCUGCCAAGUUACUACAACUCAUCAACUCGUGCUCAGUACAGAGAGCUCAUACAAAUCUAUGGCACGCACCACAUUCGGCAGGUUUACCUAGGUGGACAACUGAGGCGAGUGACAGCUACACGGACAUGUUUGUCCUCACUGAGUGGGCUUUCCUCAAAUCAGGUCCACUCCUGUUUAUCAGUGGGUUUCUCUGUCGGCCUGGGGAAAAUCAAACUAUCCAGUGUCCAAGAGUCAUGCCGCAAGGUUCUACAAAACGAGCAUUUCUCCAAUAGCUACAGCCCUAGUCUCCAUCAGCAUCACACAGAGGUCUCAGGGGGCAAUGGCUGGUUGGGGGAGUUAUCGCUAACCCACAAUGAUUCAGAGAGCUACUCGAAUUGGCUGAACACCCUGAAGGAUCACCCUGACAUAGUCUGGUACUCCCUCCAGCCACUGUAUGAUCUUAUUCCGAGUAAGGCACAGAAGGAAGGGAUGAAAGCUGCCAUUGAGCAGUACAUCAUAGAAAAUGCUGUGAGGGGUUCAAGCAGGGAUCAGGUGUGCAUCACAUUUACUCCUAACCUGGCACUUAAUUGCUGUCCUCUGAGGUCUGGGAUUGGGACAUUGGCAGUAACCAUCGUCCGUGCCUGGAAUCUCAGAGGGGACAAACUUAGCAAAACUGACAGCUAUGUCGAGAUGUGGUAUGGUUCCCAUUUUCGCAGGACUCACAUGAUCCGGUCAAACGAUCCCAUAUGGAACGUUCAUUAUCCUUUGGGAAAGGUGGACACCAGCAAUGUGUUGAGUGUAAACGUUUGGGAUGAAGACGUGUUCCGCAAUCAGUUUAUGGGAUCAUGUACGAGCUCUUUGAAACAGGGGACACACACUAUCACCUGUUUGUUUGAAAGAGGAGCGGGCCUGGAGCUUCAGUACACUCUGACAUGUGACCCACAUCUAACCGGAGAAAAGUGCAAUCACUAUAUACCGUCUCCACUGUGACUACCACAUUGGGAGUGAUAUGUUUCUCUUUAGUCAGAUGUGAUAUUGGGUGUUUUGAAAUGACAAGACAUCAAGUGAUCGAUCACAUAAUCUUGUUGUUGUAUUUUUAUUGGUAUCAGCAAUGCUUUGAUUUUAUCGACGACAAAUGUAACAAAAAAUUCAAUAUUUUGUGAUUUCAACAUUUUACUGGGAAUAAUCUUGACAACAUACAUUUUGCCAGUUAAUCCGCUGUGUUGUACUCUUAGCACUACAGGUACAAUUGAAAUUAUGCGAAAUGUUUAGUUGGUUUCAGUUUGACCCUCUGAUGGAAAUAAAGAUUCUAAAAUAUGUUCAUCCAU